AUGACACGUUUCAUGGUGCGCUCAGUGGAGAUGAGGUGGCAGCCGCAGCGCCUCUCCCCCGCGGGGCGCGAGCGCGGCGGCCGCGGCGGCGCCGGGGGCAAGGGCGGAGGCGGCGACGUCCAGACCAAGCAGCUCCUCCAGAGGGCGGCCGAGCUGGCCCACGACCCCGCCCUCAAGAAGACGCUCAGCACCGCGGCCGCCUCUGCUGGACAAAUGGCAGCGGAGAAGGUGAGGCACCUGGCGAAGCGGCUGGCGGAGGCCCUCGAGGCCAAACGCACGGCUGCGACGGCUUGCGCCGAGACCGAAGGUGUUGCCCGGAGCGCGGAGAGUGGCUCAGGGCGCUCGGGCAGGCUGUUCACGAGUGAGUGGGAUGAGGAGUUUUUCGAUGAGCUGGACUCCAUGGAGUGCGAGCCGUCGGAGAAGGACGCGCUGACCAACAUCCAGAAGCAGCAGGAAGAGGUCCGCAACGCCUUCCACGGUCGCGAGGACGUCUGA